AUGGCAUCAGUGGUUCCUGGAACCAACCACGAGGCGCCGGGCGCUUCUGCAUCAACGCGCGAGAAAGGCUCCGCAACGGGUCUGGCUCGCGGCACCUCAGCCGCCGCAGAGACGAGAUCAGGGCGGCCCGGGCCGUUAGAUGUGCGAAAAAGUCGUGCAGGUGGUUCCACAGCGUCGCUGUCAUCCGGAGUCGCCUUAUGCCCCACUUUCGACGGCACGCCUGCUGGUGCGGUAGUCAUCUACGCACGCAGCGCCACCACGCUACCUGGCUCGCCAGCCUCUUUCGGGUUUCUCUUCCGAGGGCUGGCGGGGUCGUCGCUACUCCGUUUCGCCGGCCGCAAGCCAACGUGGGUGUUGGAUCACCGCUCCGCAGCGUGCUGCCUGCAGUUGCAUGCCGACGCGUUUGCGACAUUGCAACCGGCCCCUGUCUCGCUCUUCCCCGCCAGACCGAGCGUGGGACCGUCUUGCUCUCUUAGCUUUUCCAUUUUUGAUUUUCGCCCGGGCCACGAUACACACGGCCCCGAAUCCCACGGUGCUUCGGAGUGGACCGAAAGAAGCAUUGUCACUGUUCCGACCAUGGCGAUCCGUUCGAUGCUCCACGAUUCGGAGCCGAGGAUGAUCACUGGGUCGAAGCGGUCCGUCAGGAUCACUGAAGAGGGUCAACGCAAGGGCCGCUCCGACGAGGAGCGCGGACCCGAGGAUGCGAUCGCGGAGGCGUCCAUCCGUACCUGCCGUGCAUGGUCGGCGGCGCUCGGACCGCCACACCCACGUUUGCUUGCAUCCGCGUGGCAUCACCCAGCGUGCAAGACAGCCUGCACAGGGCUGUACGAGCUGAUCCGAGCAGAGCUCGCUGGCGCAAAACCAGGGACAGGACAGCGCUCGCUUGUGCAAAUUCAGGGUCAGGCGCAGGCACAGCGAACCGCCCUCUCGAGACGCUCGCGCCAAGCGAUGUCGCAGUGCAGCGGCCUCUUUUGUCCAAUGAACUCGCGGAUGCUGUACCACUUGUCGGCACGCCUCGUCGAGCUGUACCGUGGUGCAUGA